AUGGAUAACAGGGCAGAAGUGACACAGUGCCUCCUGCUGGGGCUAACCAAUGACCCGGAACUGCAGCUUCCCUUAUUCAUAAUGUUCAUCCUCAUCUACCUCAUCACUCUGGUUGGGAAUUUGGUGAUUAUCAUGUUGAUUCUGUUGGACUCCCAUCUCCACACUCCCAUGUACUUUUUCCUCAGUAAUCUGUCUCUGGUGGACUUUUGUUACUCUACGACUGUCACUCCCAAAGUGAUAGCUAGGUUACUUGUGGGAGACAAGGUCAUCUCCUACAAUGCAUAUGCUGCUCAGAUGUUCUUUUUUGCAGCCUUCGCCACUGUGGAAAAUUAUCUCUUGGCCUCAGUGGCCUAUGACCGCUACGCAGCAGUGUGCAAACCCCUCCAUUACACCACCACCAUGAUGACAAGUGUGUGUGCUCGUCUGGCCAUAGGUUCCUACAUUUAUGGUUUCCUAAAUGCCUCUAUCCACACUGGAGACACAUUUAGUCUCUCUUUCUGUAUGAACAAUGUAGUCCAUCACUUUUUCUGUGAUGUUCCAGCAGUCAUGGUUCUUUCUUGCUCUGAUAGACAUGUCAGUGAGCUGGUUCUUGUUUAUGUAGUGAGCUUCAACAUCUUUUUUGCUCUCUUGGUUAUCUUGAUUUCCUACAUAUUCAUAUUUAUCACAAUCCUGAAGAUGAGUGGAGGAUAUCAGGAGGCUAUAUCCACCUGCGCCUCCCACCUCACUGCACUGUCCAUCUUCUAUGGGACAGUCAUCUUCAUGUAUUUACAGCCCAGCUCCAGUCAUUCCAUGGACACAGACAAAAUGGCAUCCGUGUUCUACACUAUGGUCAUCCCCAUGCUGAACCCUGUGGUCUACAGCAUGAGGAACAAGGAGGUCAAGAAUACAUUCAUGAAGAUUGUUUUAGAGUCAAAAUUGUCUCUAGGAUUGUGA